AUGUAUAGUAAUCACUUGUUACAAGGUCAUCAAGGUUCAGUACUUGUAGUUAGGUUCAAUAGUGAGGGUACUUAUUGUCUCAGUGGUGGAUAUGAUAGGACGAUCAAACUAUGGAACCCUGCUAAACAGACACUGAUACAUACAUUCGAUGUACAUGGCUAUGCUGUUGGUGAUGUACGAAGUUGUACAGACAAUCAACAAAUAUUCAGCUGUGCCGAGCGACAACUAUUCCAAUGGGACAUCUCCUCUGGCGAGGUAGUCAGACGAUUCAAAGGUCAUGCAGAGACAAUCAAUACCAUUGUAGUUAACAAUGAUAGCAGUCUAUUGUUAUCUGGUUCUUAUGACAAGAAGAUCAAGAUAUGGGACUUGAAGUCAAGGAAUGCAGACCCAAUCCAAGUGUUGAACGAAGCUCAAGACAGUAUCACAUCAGUCAUCAUCAAUGACGAAGACAAUGAGAUCAUAUCAACAAGUGUAGACGGGUCUGUGCGAACCUAUGACGUUAGGAUGGGCAAACUGAGGACAGACCAGCUGCAUCAUCCAUUGACCUCUGUAUACUUGACACAUGAUAAGAGGUGUCUGUUGGUCAGCUCGAUGGACAGCUGUGUGAGACUGUUGGAGAAGAAGACUGGCGACUUGCUGAAUGAGUUUGCAGGCCAUACCAACAACACAUACAAGAUGAAUAGUUGUACGAUGUUUGAUGAUGCAACGAUAGUCAGUGGAUCGGAGAACAAUGAUAUAUUCCUAUGGGACGUCGUGGAUGCUACAGUACUGAAUCGUCUACAAGGUCAUACUGGAGUGAUCACUUGUGUAGACACACAUCCAACCAACAAGAACAUCCUAUCCAGCUCUGCCGAUGGCACUCUACGCUACUGGGAGUGUCGCAAACCAUAA